CACCAGUGCAGUAGAAUAUGAUGAACUCGGCCUCAAGUCCUCUUCCUGAUGGAUGAGAACAAGCCAUGACUCAGGAUGGAGAAAUGUACUAUAUAAACCAUAACAACAAGACUACCUCUUGGCUAGACCCAAGGUUUGACCCUAGUUUUGGUAAAGCCAUGAACCAGAGAAUCAGUCACAGUGAUCCAGUGAAACAGCCACCACCCCUGGUUCCCCAGAGCCCACAGGGAGGCGUCAUGGGUGUGAGCAACUCCAACCAGCAGCAACAGAUGGGACUGCAGCAACUACAGAUGGAGAAGGAGAGGCUGCCACUGAAACAGCAAGAACUACUUCGGCAGGAGUUAGCACUGCUUAGCCAGUUACCAACACUGGAGCAGGAUGGUGGGACUCAAAAUCCAGUGUCUUCUCCCGGGAUGUCUCAGAAAUUGAGAACAAUGACGACCAAUAGCUCAGAUCCUUUCCUUAACAGUGGCACCUAUCACUCUCAAGAUGACAGUACAGACUGUGGACUAAGCAUGAGCAGCUACAGUGUCCCUUGCACCCCAGAUGACUUCCUGAACAUGGAUGCCAUUUCUUUUGCCCAGUUAAAUUGGUUUGCAGUAGCGGCCGACCUGCUGGAAAAGAAUCUUGCUGAGAUCCAGAACCUGCGCCAGCAUCUGGAGAAGUCCAUCAGCCUCAGUGUCCGCCUGAGGGAGAGGCUGGAGCAUGUGCUCAGCAAUGGUGACCAAGGAAAAGAUAAUCAGAGAGUCACUAGCUGUCAACCAGAAAGCAGCUUGGUGUCUCUCUUCCUGUCUUCUCAGUUUCAGCUGAGUAUGGAAUAG